UCUCUUCGAUACAGAAGAAAGACAAAAAUUCUCGAAUACAUUAACGACAUCGCUCAAGAACACUUAUAAACAAAUAUAAAAGACUUUUUUUAAAACUCAAGAUCCGCUUCGAGUAUGUGUGAAAGGAGCAUCGACUCGGAAAUAUGACAAGAGCAUCGCAAGACAGGAUCCAAUCCCACACAAUGAGGAUCCUCACCUUUAUGACGGCGUUGACCCUGCUUCUUGGAUCUUCGCGAGUGACAGCCCAAGAAGCGCCAGCCCCAACGCCCCAGACCCAAAGCUUCCAGCCCUUCUUCGGUUCCCCUUCGCCCUUCCCAUUCCAGGGCUUUGCUGGAUUGCCUGGCGCCCCGAAUGCUUCCCCGAGGCCCCUAAACCCCUUUUUCGCAGGGACGUUCAAUGGCCAACCUACUGGGAACCCCUUCUUGCCUCCCCUCGUUGGGCCCAACCAACAGUUCGCCUUUCCAGCGCCACAAGGCUUUCCGGGGAGUGCCAUUCCAGGGCCACAAGGCUUUCCAGGGAGUGCCAUUCCAGGGCCGCAGUUCCAAGCUUUCCCGGGAUCUCCACAGACAGGCAGACCUCCACCACAGGGUAUAACAAAUGGCUUCCCAGGUCAGUUUAGCCAUCCAGGCUCCUUCCAGAUCCAGCCAAAUCUUUCAGGUCAGUCCAGUUUCCCAUCAGGAAGUUUCCCUGAUACCUCUCCCAUUACUCCUCUUCGAGAGGUUCCACCUGGCUUCCCGGCAGCAGUGAACGAUGCCCAGAUCUCUGGACGCGGUUUGGAAUUUGGAAAUGAAGAUUUGGUGGGUCUCUCCAAUGGCAAUCCUACAACACAGGCCCCGAUCUCCCCAGUGACGCCUUUGUCCUCCCCUCCUACCACGCCUGCAACAAUUCCUCCAACCAGCACUGCAAGCCCAACUACAACUACAACCUCGACAACUUCGAAGCCUAGUACAACUCCACCCCCCACAACCACUACAACGUCAACAACCCCGCCACCCACAACUACAACUCCACCACCUACAACCACAACAAAUCUUCCAUCAACAACUACAUCCACCACCACCUCAGCUUCCACAGCCCAACCAACCGUUUCAACCACUUCCUCCACUACAGUUUCACCCCCCACGGCGGAGCACAAGAGUAGGACUCAGACUGGCAAUUCUCUAGCAUCUCGUCUACAGAACUUUGCACAACAAGCUUCAAACAACAGAGGAGAAGGAAAAGAGAAGGUUUCAUUUUCACAACCAAGUAGGACUCAAGAUCAAGAAUCAAGAGGAGAAUCUGAAGCACAAAGGCAGAGAAAUACAAUAUCUGCCUCAGGUGGUCAAUCCUCACAAGAUACCCUGUCAGAAGCACAGUAUGACUAUGAUUAUGAUCAAGCUGCAUCUGACAAAGAGUCACAACCGGCAGCUUCUCCAGCAACCUCCACUACAACAACCCCUCUGCCAGUCUCUGUUAGCACUGAGAAAGCUAAGAAAAAGGGGAGAAAACAGCUUACCCGCACUCAGCAAUUUUUGGAACGACUGCAAAAGCUCCGGCAAAGACGCCUCACAUCAACAACAGGCAGACCGCGUCGUACAGACCAAGAACAAGAUAACAAUGUCCAGGAUAAUCAAGUGCCUCCUCGCAGAAGGACACCCCAAAGACAAACAGGAAGUAGCUUUAACAGCCGUCUGAGAGACAGGGUUUUUGCAUCGCGGUCCCCGACUGGUGGUCGAAGAAAUAGAAUCAGUGAUGAUAAAAACUCCUCUUCAGGUUUUCGAGCCACCAGACGGCCGGUUAUUAUUCACAGUUUUACAACUAAAAGGCCUCUUACAAUUAGGGAAAGACUUGAGCUUCACAGGCAAAAUAAUAGGUUUGUGCCAAAGCAUCUGAGAACAACAACCAAACGAACAACAACCACUACACUACCUCCAUCAACAACCACAACAACAACUACAACUACAACAGAAAUUCCAAGCAUAGCCACUGAUGAAGAUUAUGAUUAUUUUACUGAUUAUGAGCCAGAGGCACCAGCUUUAGAGGUUACAGAACGUGCCCCUACUACAACUACCACUCAGAAAGUUCCUGUAACCAGAGUUGCAACUACAGAAAGAACAAACUCGAAGGUUCAAAGCAUCAGGGAGAGGAUUGCUGCCAUGCUUGGGGCAAGUGGACUUGCAGGAAAGACUACAACUGAAGAAGUCCUGACCAUCUUGGAGGAGGUAACAGUGAAACCACUGCUGACAGCUGACACAGCCACUCAGUCCAGUGUUACAGUGACAGACAAUCCUGUUUUGAUGGUCCACACAGAUGAAGACUUUGAACCAACAGAAAUGCCACUUGAUGAAAUUCUAUCAACAAUAAUAGAAACUAUUGCAACAUCAGAGUUGCCACCGACCACCCAGGCACUGCAUUCCUCUCAACCAUCAUUCGCACAGACUACCCCAACUCCAGAAUCUCUUCCAUUUGUAUCAGUAUUUACAUCAAAUCCUGAAGUCUCGACCACAUCCAAGCCAGCAGCAACUGAUGAAACUGAAAUUCCUUUCCCGCACACUACACCAAACGUUUUAACAUCAGUUGAACUGGAAGUAGAUGAAACAAAUCCACCCUCAGGAACAGUCCCAGAAUUUACUGAUUCCACGGCUGCUGCACUUACAACUGAGCAUACAGAAACUCCCGAAACGGUUGCAGAAACUUUGAAGCAACCCACGACAGAAGACCCUCUUGUCCAAGAUUUAAUUGCACAGCUAGUUGCUGAAGGAAUCAUUACGGAAGUUAACUCUAAAUCAGAUGUCACUGUACCAGAAGUGAAUGAAGAACCUCUAACUGAGGAAACUCUUCCUGAGGAAUCUCUUCCUGAGGAAACUCUUAGUAAGGAAACUCUUAUUGAGGAAACGGGACCUACAGAUGUGGAAUUAACAAAUGUGGAGAAAAAUCCUGCAGCUGAAGUUCAACCAGUAAUUUCCUUGAAAACCCAAAUGCUUAACGAAUUCAAUACAGAUACCGAAAUAUCAGAAAAAGAACACGAAAUAAUAGCUGGCGAUGAGGCCGACAUCCAUGAAAGCCUUACUAAGUCAAAUGAAAGUCAGAAAGCAAUAAAUGAAAGUCACACAAUCAUUCCCAUUGAUGAACAUGUGAUUAAGCCGACACUGGAUGUGAAUGAUGAAAGCAAGGUUAUGACAGAUCUGUUGCUUGACUCUGAAGACCAAACUGAAGUGGCUAGAGAUAAUCUUCAAGAACCUGAAAAACAAACUGAAAUCACAGAACAUGUACAAAUGACUGAAAAUGUAGCUGAUAUCUCGACAAACUUCCGUAAUCAAACUGAUACUUCUAAAGGACAAGAAGAUCAAGUUGAGGUUAUUGAUGAACCUGCACAAAAAUCUGAAGACCUAGGAGAAGAUACAUUAGGAUCUGGAGACCAGGCUGAUGUGAUGGCAAGUGUCACCGAAGAAGCCGGAGGUGAAGCUGAGGUUACAGAGGUUCCACAAGAACUAAUGAUUCAGGAUGAAAAUGAUCUUAAUCAAACUGUAUUUGUGAGUGAACCUUUGAAAGACCAUGAAUCUCCAAAAGAGGCUACUGAUGAUCUUGAUCCUACUGAAGAGUUCAUAGAUCAGCCAAUUGUUACUGAAGAAUUAGGACAAAGGGCUGAAGAACAGAUUAGUUUCACAGAAACUAGUAUAGGAUCUGAAAAUCAAGAAGAGGUUACAGAAACUAGUAUAGGAUCUGAAAAUCAAGAAGAGGUUACAGAAAUUCCUGCAGAAUUAAGUAGUGCUCAGCUGAGAACAGGUGAUCAAGCUAUAGCAGCCGAUAUUAUGACGAUAGCAAAUGAAGAACAAAUACUGGGAAAUGAGAAUGAAACACUUACUGAAAAUAUAACAGAAAUGCCAGAAGAUAUGAUUACUACUGAAACUGUUACUCCUGAAGACCUAACAGAAACAGACGGAAAACAAACAACGUUGAUCGAAAAUUUUGAAUCAACAACAGAAAAGCAAAUCACUACUACAAGUCAAACACAAUUAACAGGAAGUCAGACAAGAACAACUCCACUUGCUGCAACUACAGAAUCAACUUUGCUGACAGAUGUUACAGAUAAUCCCACCACAUUCCAAACUACAGAAGAAAUAAUUGCAUCUGAACUGGAAACAGAUCCUUUUGUGACACUGUCUGAGGAUGCAGAGUUGACAGUAGAUUUACUUACAUCUACAGAUUUACCACCUUCUACAACAACAGAAAUUCCAACCACGUCUAGACUGCCUUCAUCCAUAAAAAUACCUGUAUUAUCAAACCGAACAACAACAACUAUGAAACCAUCCACAACAACUCAAAGAUCCCCAGGGUUUAAUCCAUCCAGUCCCCGGGUAUCAACUGUAAAAAUGUUGGAUACAACCACAAGAUUCCAGAAAAGCACCACGACAGAUUUACCACCGACCACAGUGCCUGAAAGUCAACUAGAGGAUUAUAUCACCACUAAUGAUGAUGCUCUUGAAACCCCACCUGCUGUUCACAUCACUGAGGUACCAUUACUGCAUGAAACCACAACACCAGGAGAAAUAACACCCACAGAGGAGAAUGAAGUUGACACUACACGUUCUAUGAAUCACUUGCAUAUGCUGCUGCAUAGUUUUGGCAGUACUUCCAUUCGGCCUGAACUUGCUGCAAUGAACCGUGUGUUAGAUUUUUCCCUCUCGUCUACAGAUCCAGUUGAACAGCUAGGACUGAAUCACGAAGUUACCGGUAUUCAGAACUUUGAUUUUGACUAUGAUUUAGAACCUGCAUCUACUGAGCAAGUAAUUGUUACAACAAGCCUUCAGACUCCUACAUUUGCAGCACUGGGUUCUGAUAAUCAAGGAAUACCAAGUACAGAGCACACUACCAGUACUCAGGGCAUCAUGCUAACAGAAACUAAUACACCAACAAUAUUGAAUAUGGAAGUAGCUGUAUUAACAGUCUCUGAACCAUACUCCAAAGUGCAAAACUUCACUGAAGCUCCAGAAACUACCCAAAUGCCAAUGAGUACUUCAACUACAGAAAGUUCGACAAUGGAAAAUAUUCCUGAAACUACUACUGAAACAGUGACUGAUCCAAUGGAAACUACCACCAUGCCUCCAGUUACAACCACAGAGAAAAUAGAAGUUCUUGACGUAAAAGAACCAGUAAUAGUAAGUAACAAAUCAAACAAUUCAGUUAAAACAUUAGCAAAUCAACUUUCUACAACUGAGGGGACAACAACAGUUGAAGUCACUACUCCAACAACUUCCCCAGAAGAAAAAGAAUCAGAUGCUGAAACUAAUGAAGAAGUGUCAGUAGGCAAUACAGCUUUGUCAAGAGAAGAUAGAGAAAGACAGAGGCUUGCAUGGUUGAGGAAGAACAGUGGAAAAGAUGGAGAACAGCCAAGGCCCAGGCAACUUCAGUCAACCCAAAGAAGGACCUUUGUCCCUCUUGGUAAUGUGCGAUCAACUGCAGAGAGACCUGCAUCUUCUGCCACUGGAAGGAGGCUUAGUUUGAGUGACUUAUUAAGUCAGAGAGCUUCCCCAACAGGAAGUACUGCAAAAACAAGUAGCUCACAGAGGGAGAAUGAUAUACCGACAUUCACCUCCACUACAACUCAAGCUCCAAGGGUUCAGUCACAAACAGUAAAAGUAGAUUUAGAACCUAUAGUUGUUAAAGAAACCCAACCUCAGCCGGUUACUGAACAAGCACCUGACCCUAAAAAUGGAGCAAAACAGAGUGAAGCACUAAGAAGGUUCUUAGAGUUAAACAAACAGAUGCUUAAAGCUUUGGCUGAAAAGAAAACAGGUACUACUGCAUUGCCUGAUGAGCCUACCACAACAUCAUCUCCUGAGCAAGGCAAUACAAGACCAAAGUUUACUACAAGGACGCCACCACGUCUUGACAAAUUCAGAGCCCUAACAGAAAGCACAGUAAAUUCAAAUGAUAAUGAAGAAUCGUCCACAAUAAACGUUAUACCAAAGAACAGAGUAACAAACCCAGUGGCUCCUACUAGGAAAGACAGUACACAAGGAUUCCAGCCACGCCCUAGUACAUUCCUCAGGCCUGUGGCUAGUCCAAAGCCCUCUGAAGCAUCUUCCGAUGACCGUACUGUUCAAAGAGUCAGACCAGCAUUUAUUAGUCCUCCACCCUCAACUAGCUCUCGCAGUGACCCUCCUAGUCUUCUCCCUGAAAGUAGAACUGAUAAUACAGCCACACGCACUAGAUCUCGACUCCCACCACCUAUUCGUCGUCCUCGUCCGAGAAUACCAGGAAGGAGGCCAGGUGGUCCCAUAGAGCAAAAUGUACCUCGUCCCUUAACAGCUCGUCCUACUCGCUUUGAUAAUCCCUCAGAAAAACGAAAUGAAAAAGUAACUCAGGCACCUUCACUUAGUCGAGAAUCUGUGUCAGAAUCAGUUGCUGAGGCAGAGAAGAAGCCAGUACAGCCACCUAGGAGGUUUGGGUCUUCAACAUCAGCUCCAAGAAGAAAUCAAUUCACAACCCCAAGAGGACGCAGAAAAGGUUUUAGAAAGAGGGUACAAAAUAACAGGGUUAGCACACCAAGAAGGAGAAAGCCAACAGCCAUUCCAAGGUUUACAACGGAGUUUGAGGAAGUAACAACGCACAUACCUACAACUACAGUCCCAGAAUUUACAACACUUCCACAGGAAGAGGACGUAACCAUUUCAGGUUUUGAGCACACCACUCAGGACUUCUUUGACACAACAUUAAGAUCUGAUUUGGAGAGAGCAACUUUUCCUCCAGAGGAAGAAACCACAUUACAAGAAUUCUCCUCUGUCACCUCUCGGGGAAGAGUUAGGUUUGAGAACAGGCACAGACCAACACCGCUUCCUAGAAUUACGGAGCGUCCUGGCCAUCGCUCAACCCUGGCAAGCAAAGUGGCUGCCUUCUCCAACAAUGAAGAUGCUACAGUCCAACCUGUCACACGCCCUCUGAAACCUGAUACCCCAGAACCACCAAAACCUUCAUCCACAUUUAAACCUUUUGAAUUUGAAACUUCUGCUACUACAAUUUCACCAACACGGUUUUUCACAGAAUCCCCCUCAGGUGGUGGAAUUUCCACCUUCACUGGCUUUGAUUUUGAUUUGGAUACAACACCUCCAACUACAUUUGCUGAAGGUUUUGAAGAAUCAACUCAGUCAUCUGCAGAUAGAUUUGUAAAUUCUCAAAACUUCGUCCACACUACCUUUUCUCCAUUUGGUGAUGAUAAUCAAAAACAGUCAAUUUUCCCAAAGCUACAUCAGACAACAAGCAGCAGUCAUAUAUCAAGACCCUCACACAGUAGUGACUUAGAUGAAGCAUUCUUCGCUGAGGAAGACCCACCUUUCGUUAAUAGGAAAGAAACGGAAACUUUCCCUCCUGUUUUCCCAAUAACACCACCAUCAAAUCCCUUCUUUGGGGAAAUCCAGGAAACAGAAACUUUCCCACCUGAUGACUUUUUCCACAAGGAAACAAAAGAAACUGAAACUUUCCCACCAGCCUUCCCAAUUACAACUCCAGAAAACCCCUUCUUCGGUGAAAUAAAAGAUGCAGAUGCAUUCCCACCAUCACUGACAAUCACACCACCAUCAAAUUCAUUCUUUGUCAAUAACCAGGAUACUACAACUUUUUCACCUGAUUUUGCAACAACUGUAAGGCCUAACUUUGAAUUUGACAAAAAACAAGAGGUAGAAACUGCACUGCCUCCUUUCCAGACAACAAUCCCACCCAACACCGUCACACCUAGGAUAAUUGUUGUUGCUCUUCCAAUCCUGAAUCAGGCCCCUGCCUCCCCAAGCAAUAGUAAUCACUUACCGCCAGUGUCUUCACCCCAGUCACCGGUUAGUGAAAGAGUGGUAUCUCCAGUAAAUCAAGAAUCCUCAUCUCCCUUCCCUGAUGUCAUUCCACCUCAGACCGACAAGCCACUGGGACAUGUCCAGGUGACCUCAGAAGCAGGAUUUAUCCCUCGAGAAGUUCAUCGUCCUUCAACACUUACAGGAGGAGUGAAGAUCACAGCAGAGCAAGGCUUCAUUCCAAGGGAUGUGGUACUUCAACCACCACCAUCACCGCCACCACAACCAGACCAAACACAUACAACUUUCACACUUCAAAAUGAUAAUGGCAGAUCUGGAACACUCCAUGGUUCUGGACAUAUUGAAUUUGUGAAUGAUCAUGCUGUUUCUAGUCAAGGUUCAUUUAGCAGCUCUCCAUCAACGACUACUCAGGUUCCGUCUCGCCCAGUGAUUACAGUAGAUAGUUUACUAACUUUUCUUGGAAAUGACUCUAACAGCAACAAUGAGAGGGUGGUGCCUAAAAGGCCUAGUCUCUCUCUAACUCCAACAACUAACCCGCCAUCUCCUAUUGGCACUACUUUAUUUACCCCUAAUUUCAAACUUCAGUCAACAAGGUUCUUCAAUCAAAGGAAUGAUACUCCUAGUAUCUCUCCUAAAUUCUCUGUACCAACGACAAUAUCUCCACCUCUUAAAUCUCUCCUACCCUCUCCCCUUUUGGAUGGUCGCCCUAUAAUUCGUGAUGAAUUUUUCAAUGCCCCAGUAAGUGGUUUUACUCCUCCUACCACUUUGCUCCCUCCUGAAAAUCCAUCUACAAGACAGUCCAUCCUACUGAGGCCCUUAGAAAGUCUAACUCCACCAUCUGUUCCCUUCACCCCCUCUACCUCUUCUCCAGGUAAUCCACCUCCACAAACUAACUUUCAACAAAACCGAGGUGGUAGUCCCCUGCGACCAUUCCUGCCACCCUCACCUACUACAUCUAGACCGAGAACAUCUACUCUGGCAGGCAUACUCAGCACUUUGAUCAACAAAAAGCCAACGACCACAGAACAAUCAACAACUACAUCCCCCACAACACCCCCACAACCUUUCACAACCCAAGAUCCCAUCAUUGUCCCAACCACAGACCCACCCUUCUCUAAUCAGUUGGGUACAGGGCCCCCAGCACCAGCCAGUAUCCAGCCACCUUUUGGCAACAAGGAUCCCGUCACUGGCUCCGAAUCUUUAAAACCCUUCGAUGGCGAUAGAAACCACUUGUCUCACCAAGAGCCAGUUAUCCCAACAAGAACUGGUGAUACCAACCUCCCCAGUAGAAGCAAUGGCCAAGAUUUCAGCAGGCUUCCUUCACCCUCCAGCAGGCCGGGUCCCCCAUCACUCGAGUCCAUACCCUCCCAGAAUGCCUUCGAUGGGCGAGGUGACAUCCGCUUCUCUGUCCAACCAUCUUCAGAUAAGGACAGCCCAUCAGAGGGGUCUGCGGACGCCCCACCUGCCCUCACGCCUUCCCAAUUCCCAUCUUCGGCCGCCCCUGGAGCCGCGGUGGAGAACGACCCCGACGACGACCACGUGCCAGGACUCGGCGGCGUCGACUACCCGAUCCUUCAGGCGAUCCCCAAGACGUCGUUCAAGUGCACGAAGGAGAUGCGGCUCAGCGGCAGGAUGUUCGCAGAUCCUGAGACGGCGUGCCAGGUGUACCACGUCUGCAGCGGCCACCAAACCUUCUCGUUCCUGUGUCCUCGAGGAACCAUCUUCCACCAGGACACCUUCGUCUGCCAGUGGUGGUUCACCGUGGACUGCCAGGCGCAGGCACAGAAGCUGGCGCAGAUUCAGGCUCAGAGCGGGAGAUGAGGAGGCGGCGGGAGAGAAGAGAGCGGCGUUAAAAACUCUACGGGGCGUUCACUCCAACUUUUACCUCAGACGUGAGAGAGUGGUAAUAGGGGAGACUCAAGUAACUGUGUAAAUAACUCGGAUGCCGAAAGGAGGUUGUUACCGUUCUUUUUAGGUGUUCAUAGUCGUUAAUGUACUUAAUGAGAAAGGAAGAUUUGGUGUGACAGGAGAAAUUUGAGAAAAUUUCUCAGGCUUUCCUGGUGAAAGAACUUUAAAAAUAUCAAACUUUACGCCAUAGGAAUUCAUGCAGUCUCUAUUCACAUUCAGUCUCUUUCCAAAGCCCUUAAGUUACAGUGUUGGGAAACAUUCCGCAUAAACCAAGAAAUAUUUAUCUCCUGAAAAAAAAAAGUUAAACAUAGGAAAUAUCAGAAAAUCCAGAAAAUAAAUAUUUCCUCCUUCGUUCUAUCCCUCCCCCCCCCUUUUUCACUUCCUCCCUUCCACACACGAGUAGAUUUCGUGUCCCUGACUUUCUACACAAAUAACUGUGCCGUAAAGUAUUACUAGGCUUAACCAUUGUGAUAAAGUAAGUGUUGAUUUCCCUUGAAUUGCAACAUUCAAGGAAGGAGAUGCUGUUUCGUGUUGAUUUCAUCCUCUGUGUUGGUGUUUACCUUGAAUGUGGUAAGGCAGCGCAUGCGUACGUUAAUCAUUAAAUCUGUAAAUAGUUUUUUUCGUUUUAUAGUUUCUUUUAAGCGUAUCAUAUUUUUUUUUAUAUUAUUAAUCCGCACAGAGAGCGUUAAUCGGGAUUGGACAAAAAAGAAAAAUUGUUGGAUGAUAAU